UAAAGACACCAACGUAAAAUGAGUGAAAAUCUGUUUCUUACAAAGCCAUAAAAGGAUGAUCUCUAAAAUGCGCAAUCGGCAAAAAGCGCAGAGACACCCUUGCGCGAUCUCGAGAUUGCCGCGCAAUUAAAGGAUCCUAAGAAUGCGCAGCGCAAUCUUAAGAUAGCGCUAAUCGGCAAUUGGCGCAGAACACAAAUACUCGGGCAUGUCAGGAACCCAUUUACAAUACCACAUUUAAAUUCACAUUUCUUGUCGAUUUCAGCUUCUUCUCACAACAUUUUUGCAUCAUUGCUUGAAAUUAGACGUCACUGUAUUGAUGUGACAAUGAUGCAAUGGAAGAAACUGAUGUUCUGAUGAUUUGACUUCGGGAUUGAUAUCCAUAGUACUACUUCCAAAUCAACUAUGGGAAAGAGAUGUCCCAUUUAUAAGUAUCAGUGCGUUGAUGGGAAAUGCGUUAAUCAUUCAAUAAAAUGUGAUUCUUCAUGGGCAAAAUGCGGGUCAUUAAGGCGAGGUGCAGUCUACUGUGGAAAAAAAAAUGGGGAUAACUGUGUCACCUCGGAUCGUGAUUGCAUGCGACCGUGCGGUUUCUCCAAUUUACGGCACUACAACUACACAAAGCCUUGUCUUGACUACCCUGGCAAGUGCGCGUACUCAUCUCGAUAUUGUGUCCAGAAACCUAAGCCAUGUCGCAGUGACGAAAAGAGGUGUUCUAAUGGUACAUGUGUAAAGUACAAGGGCUACUGUGAUAUAUGUAUGGGCUACCGAUGUCAAGAUACGGGGAAAUGUUAUGAUUUCUUCCGAAAGUGUAAUAACAUACCAGACUGCUUAGAUAGAUCAGAUGAGUUGAACUGUCCGAAAACAAAUGAUCGACCCAGGCAAGAUUCUGGGUAUGACAGCCUUGAGAUGCUGUUGGGGUCGCUAGGUGCUGCUAUUCUCAUCACUCUGAUGAUAUUACGCGGCUGGUGGAUGCUGAACAAGAGCAGACGACGGCACCAGGAGGAAGCUGCCAUUCUUGCAAGCAACAGGAGGUUAUCGCAAUACGAACCGGCAAGGCCAGUCAGAGGUGGUGCUGGCCAAGAGUUUGAGAUGCCACGCAUGCCUGUUACCCCUGCCAACGACAACCUGGGAUUCGUACCAGUAACUCGGCCUACGACGGGGUACUCAUUUCAAGAACCUGCUGGUCCGCUGCCAACAGUAGCACCUCCUCCAUCAUACUCCGAGGUUGUCACGAAUCAAGACCAGUAUAAAAGAGCUGACCCUGAGCUUCCUACCUAUGAGGAGUCUGCACACUUUCCACCUACCCAUCCCCCUUAGGGCGAAGUGAAAUGGACAUGAUCAAACUUUCUUACUUUUGCAUUUUUAUCUAUCGGUGUAAUAUUCAUUGGGGAAUGAAAACAGCAUGCAGGACUGGUAAUAUGGAAGUGGUGAAACAGAAUAGGCCUUGAGUAUCUAUUGGGUCUAAAGUAACUUGCAAACAUUGAUCCGAACAUAGUUAGUCUUUAUUGCAAUUAUCAUGUAAAACCUAGUCAUUAUAUAUACAGUGAACUUUAUCUAUCAAACAUUCAAUUUUGAAAGGAAACUCAAUGGUCAUAUUUUACAUUCAGCUUUGAAUGGCUUCAUGUGAAAGCCUUUAUACAUGUAUACAGUUGUCCCUUCAUUUUGUGGCCCCAUGUUUACUUUUUGUUGGUGGGUUGUAAGCAAAGACAUUUUCAUGUAUAUUUCUAUCAUAUUCCCAUGAGAAUCUUAGCCUGUAUUCAUUGCCAAAAAAAUUGAACUCAGUUUAAAAAUUGAAUUCAGUUUCAGACGAUGCCAAAAAUGUGCUUUGGUACCAUGUUGACGCUAACUCAUAGUAUGGUAUUGGCCAAGCAAUUUUGUGAUGUUUUUUUGCAUGGAUUUUCUCUUAUUUUAUUUAAAGUCUAUCUUACCGAAUGGCAGCACUAUACUGCUGGCGAACUGUGUCUUUGAAUCUCCUUGGUAGAUUUUUACUUUUUGUCAGAGCUGGUUAUAUGAACCUCAUUCUGAACUUAUUUCUUGUUUAAAGAUAUACACUCGGAUUUGUUUUUUGACUGUAAAUUAUUAUGCACGAUGUAAUAUUCGAUACUGCAUGUCAAAUCGACUGUCUCUUUUUUAAAUAAAGUUUGUUACUAAAUACAACA